AUGUGCCGACAAGAUGGUGAUCUGACGAUAAUGUAUGAUGUGAUCAGAGCACAUGAUACGAAUUACUGGGCACAGGUCACAAUUUCAAACCAUAACCCUCUUGGUCGGCUUGAUAAUUGGCAAUUAAGCUGGUAUUGGAUGAGGAAAGAGUUCAUAUUUGCCAUGAAAGGGGCUUAUCCCAGUGUUAUUGAUGCAACAGGCUGCAUCUAUGGCUCGCAGGGCCAUUAUUAUCAGGACCUUGACUUUUCCACUGUAUUGAAUUGUCUUAGAAGGCCAACCAUAAUUGACCUGCCUUUAACAAAGGCCAAUGACACAAAUCUUGGGAUGAUACCUUUUUGUUGCAGAAAUGGAACUAUUUUACCCCCAUGCAUGGAACCAAGCAAGUCAACUUCGGCAUUCCAGAUUAAUGUCUUCAAAAUGCCACCGGAUCUGAACCGCUCCAAGCUCAGUCCACCACAGAACUGGCAAAUCAGUGGCACACUGAAUCCGGACUUCCAAUGUGGACCUCCAGUGCGAGUGAGUCCUUGCCAAUUCNGCAUGGAACCAAGCAAGUCAACUUCAGCAUUCCAGAUUAAUGUCUUCAAAAUGCCACCGGAUCUGAACCGCUCCAAGCUCAGUCCACCACAGAACUGGCAAAUCAGUGGCACACUGAAUCCGGACUUCCAAUGUGGACCUCCAGUGCGAGUGAGUCCUUGCCAAUUCCCGGACCCAUGUGGGUUACCAUCUGAUUCAACUGCAGUUGCCAGCUGGCAAGUGGCGGAUGUUAUUCAUCUACCAAUUCCAAACCCAUUGCCCUGUGGAGAUAACUGUGGCGUCAGCAUCAACUGGCAUUUAUAUGCAGAUUACACAAGUGGAUGGACAACGAGGAUGACAAUCUUUAAUUGGGAUGAUACUUCUUUUGCUGAUUGGUUUGCGGCUGUAGAACUAGAUAAAGCAGCGGCCCGUGGAUAUCAAGAGGUGUACUCAUACAACGGGAGUGUAUUGAAUGGUGUCAACAACACAAUAUUCAUGCAGGGUCUUCCAGGGUUGAACUAUCUCGUAGCUGAAACAGAUGGAGCAGACCCUGCAAAGGAUCCCCUGGUGCCUGGGAAACAACAGUCCGUGAUGUCAUUUACGAAGAAAAAUUUGCCUGGAAUCAAUGUUUCUGCUGGAGAUGGGUUUCCGACUAAAGUUUACUUCCAUUCCGAGGAUUGCUCGCUGCCUCAAGCACUUCCAUCGAGUUAUUCUCAUAGAUUGGGCUCUGCUUCAAUCACUUCCGUCCUUAUGGCGAUUAUUGUCUUGAUGUUGAUUCAGCAAUAG